AUGGAGUGUGAGGAGAAGAUCAAAGAAUCCACCAACCUGCUGAAUUUGAAAGGUAAAACAUUUCCUGAAAAGAAACCUCAGCAGAAGAUCACAUUCACGACUGACCACACUAUCAAUACUCAGGAAAAAAAUAACAUGGCUUGCCGUCUAUUGUCAUCAAGAGACCAUAAAAUUAAAGAAUUGAAAAAUGAAGUGGCUUUUCUGAGGAAUAAAUUGGAGACCUUUGCUACGGAAAAUACAAUCUUGAAGCGUCUUCUCAGGACAUCUGAGGAAGAAGAGCGCAGGGCUUCUAAGAAGCUGAGAGAGGUUCAGGCGGAACUCUUAAAAACAACGGACGCCUUAUUGACUUUCCAGAAACUUUCUGAAGACAAGAAACAUGGAGAGAGAGGAGAACCUUGUCCUAAAUUAACAUCACUUCCCCCAAAAUUGGAAGCCAGUGAUAAGAGAAUCCAGCCUCCUGAAGUGGCCCCUGAUUCUUCCAUCCUGGGCCCCUUCCACUGCCUCAUCUUCUUUCUGCUCAGUGCCAACAUCAUUCCCAAUGGCUACAUGGGGGUGUCUGUUGUCUUCUUGGCCACCAUUCCCAAGCAGUGUUGCCAAGUGCCUGCUAACACCAUCCUGAGCAUGGUGUGGCUCAAUGCUAGCAUCCCCCUGGAUAAGCACGGUGGGCAGCUGGUGUAG